GAACCUUCGAGAUCAGGGAACCUCCUCAACUGCCCCAGUGCCGGACUGCAUGUCCUGCAGCAUUUGUUGCUCAAGUUUCCUCAAGAACAGUCCCUUGCAGAGCUCAUUGGAGAAUUGCAACUGCCCGGAGGAGCAUGAGGUCUGAAUCGUGGCUGUUCAUUGCCCAGCUUGCCUUGGCGAGCGGCACUUUGACCAGCACUUGUUUGCCGGACGCUGUGGCUGUGGAUCAACGGCGCAACCUGACGAAUAUCGCAGGGGAGUCCUUCCCCGUGGGGGUGGCGGUCUUUACGUGGGCCAGCGCAGGGCUGACCAGUGCAAUGAUCGAGAUUCUCACCGAAGAAGUCUUGGGAUACAACACCCGAAUGGAGCCAACGCCGCUGUCUUCCAGCGUGCAGGGAAUGUAUGCCACUCUGGGGUGUGCCACAUGGUACAAUGCCGAUGACCGUGGUUGUGACAACCGUAAAGUGCGCAUUCACAUGGUGAUGGACAGUUGGUGGACAACCUUCCCCAACGUCAUUGCUGCCCUCACCGAGAAAUAUCAGGGUGAGAUGCCCAUCUCGGGAGGAGGCAUGGGCUAUAAAGGUGGUGCUGGCAUGUACGUGCCCCGAAACGUUUUGGACACUGGAGCAGCGGAGGGAGCUGCUAUGGAGUACUACAAAAGCUACAAUGCAAGCUGGCAUCAACCUUGGAAGUACUUCGACAAUGUGACUGUCCUCAAUACCAGCGCGGAGUUUAUGCCAUGCGCUGCCACUACAAUGUCGCACAACUCAACCGCCUACAACUAUUGGAGGGUCACUGGAGAUGAUGCGGGGGUGGUCAUUACAGGGAACACGUAUUCGUCCUAUUGCCCAGAUGGCUACACUUGGGUGGCUCCUUCUUGCAGGAGCAAUCCUUUGACGUGCAUCAUGUUCAUCACGGGCGGCGAUGGUUGGGAUGUGUCACAAGGUUUGCAGCGAAGCGCUGUCUUCAACAUUCCCUUGAUGAUUGGAGUUGCAAAUUCUUGGGCCAAUUAUUUGGCCCUCCCGCCGAAAUACAAAGCCUUGAUAUAUUGGUGGACGCCAGACAACUCAUUCUUGGAGCUGGACCCGCAGCCAUUCGUUUUGCCGCCCCAGGACAAAUUCGCCUACAGCCAAGGUGAUGUCACGACGGCGUCCGAAGAUGUUGAUAUCGCCAAGGUUAUCAGUUUCGACUUGGACUUCAUGGCGCCCAACUUGGUGAAACUUUUGGGCCAGAGCUUGAUUUCAAUGGAUGAGGUCAAUGACAUGAUGCGCACAUGGAAGGCCAAUUCUUCAGCUUCGCGGCACGAGGUAGCCUGCGACUGGCUGAAGAACAACGAGAAAAGGUGGCGAAGUUGGAUCCCCGAUCCGACCGUUUGCAACCGAGGCUCUGGGCUUUAUAGCGAGGCAACUGGACAUUUCACAGCGACAAGAGCCGCCGCUGAUUCCUGCCGAGCUUGUUCACCGGGCAUGUACUCUACUCCACUGCAAGACAAUGUGGGAAACACCUAUGUGUGUCAGCCGUGCUCGGCUGGAACUCAGCAAUUAUCGGCUGGAGUGGUGGAAUGCGACGCGUGUCCCAGUGGCACUUUCAAAGCUGCUCAGUCAGUUGAUGAGUGUGCUCCAUGCCUUUCAGGCUACUACCAAGAUGAGCUCGGGGCGCUCGCCUGCAAGAAAUGCCCAGAGGGCACGACGACCCUGCUUUUGGGCACCAACUGCGCAGGACUUGGCUGCGGCUGCGAUGAGGGCAGCAUCGACGUUUCAGGGGAUUUGUCCACACCUGCUCUUUGUCAGCCAUGUUUGGAGGGGCUCACAUGCCCAACCAUGUCGACUCUGGAGAACUUGAAAGCAGGUUCUAGCCCAUUGGGCCCGACAACUGUUCCGCAGGUUGAAGCGGGCUAUUACACCACAGCUGCCGAUCCAUUGGUCACCUUCAAGUGUGUCAAUACCUUGGAUUGUCCUGGAGGCACGCCUGGCACUUGCGGCGGAGCCCUGGAAGGAGUCCCUUGCGGAGAUUGCCCUCAAGGUACAUUCUAUGCCGGCGAGGCUGCCUGUGAACAGUGCUCAGCGGGCGCCAUCAUUGCUUGGAUUGUUUCUUUGGGCCUGGUUCUUCUUGGCCUGAUUUGGGCUUACCAUUUUCUGAAUUCCCCAGUCACCGCCAAGGCGUCCACCCUUUUCAGCACUACUUGUGCGAUUGGAAUGAUGAUCAACCUGCUUCAGAACUUGGGAAUCAUUGGGACCAUGUCAGUGCCUUGGCCUGUGAAUUUGGCCGGCUUCUUCAGCUUCAUGGAAGUCUUCACCUUUGACAUCGAUGGCCUGGCCUUCGCUUGCAUCAGUGGCGCGCAGCCGGUGUGGCGCUACGUCUUCACGGUGUGCUUCUUCCCUGUGGGCAUCCUGUGGUUGGCCUUCUGCGGCGCAGUGAGCCGAUGCAUUCCCAGGCUGCAAAGCUGGGACCCCGUGAAAGUCCGGAGCACCAUUGGUCAAUUUCUGCAGGUGGGUUUUUCAACCAUGAGCAGCACUGCUUUGGUUCCAUUGGUUUGCUACUCCCAUCCAAGCGGACAACGAAGCAACUUCAAGAACCCCAACAUCAUUUGUGGCUCUGAGUCGCACACGGUUAUGGUGAUCUUUGGCAGCCUGCUGCUGGUGUUUGGCGUAUGCGGGUUUUUGGCCCUUUGCGCAUGGUUGGCGUACAUGUGCCCAACUUUCAGCAGUACAGGGCGUUAUGGCAUGGUUCAGAGCUCACGAUUUCUCCUUGGCCGUUUCCGUCUCGAUGUUUGGUGGUACGGCGUGCCCCUUCUGUUGCGUCCGCUGUUGGCGAUGAGUGCAGUGAUCUUCCCAGAUUCGGCGGCAAUUCAAAUCCUUUGCUGCCAAAUUAUUCUGAUCUUCUACAUUUGUCUUCAGGUGUACAGUUGGCCCUGGAAAGCGCCCAUCUUGAACAUUGUGGACUUUGUGACCUGUUUGUCCUUGGCAAUCUUGGUGGUCUUGACGGGCCUCUAUGUGCCUGAAGUCACAGGCGACACACUCCGUGCAGUGCAGGUCUGCAGCAUGAUCUUGCUGGGCAUCAUCUUUGGUGUGGUUGGCCUGAUGAUUCUCCUGGCAAUUGUGGCCUUGUUCCACCGUGCUGCAAUCGGUAGCCAGCAGGAGCUGUGGAUCAUGACUGCUGGCCGAACCCCGCAGCCUUCAUCGAUCGCCGGCGACUUGCAUACAAUGAUCACGGUUCUCAACGACAUGACUGUGGAGGAGCUGAAGGACAAGUUGGGAACGCUCGGAAUCUACGAUUUGAAGCACUUGCUCUUGGGCAUGUCGGUCCUUAGCAGUGAGGUGGUCAGCACGAAGGACGCCAGUUGCAGGCCGACUACGGUGUCCUCCAGCCGGGUGAGUUCCAAGGCCUUCACCGCCAAAGUGGUCAAGGUGCCGUCCACGCCAGCCGCGGCGGGGCAUGCCAUGCCAGCGGAGGCGACGUGGAGAUCGGAGAGAGAGAAGGAGCCUGCGCAAGAUGUAGACGUGAACAAAUCUGCGCUGGUGUAGGCAGAUCCAAGCAGGUGCAAUAUGUACAAAGACUGCAGUAUGAGGAAAAUUCACUUUCAAAUGAACCAGGGAGCCAGCUUCGUUAAUCUUG